AUGAGUUAACUUAAAAGACUAUAGAAUUAAAGGGAUGAUCCCAUUUCUUGUAUAAUUGAACCUUCGAAAAUGCUUGGAGGACUCUAUUUAGGCAACAUGGAAGCUGCAAGUGACCCAUACACUUUAUCGCAAUAUUAAAUCAAAGCCAUUUUGACUGUGUGUCCCCAGAGUAUCCCCUCGUCAACCAAAAUAAAGCUGAAUUUUUAUCACCAAUGCAUGGCUGACGAUGAAGAUAGCUAUUAAAUAAGCAAGCACUUUGACGAGACAUUUCGAUUUAUUGAGGCUUCUAGGAAAUCAACUAAUGUGUUGGUGCAUUGCUAGAUGGGGAUUUCGAGGAGUGCAGUUAUUGUUCUGGCUUAUCUCGUAAAGAAAGAGUUGAUGGGGGCUAGAGAAGCACUAGAAUAUGUGGAGAAGAGGAGGUCUAUAAUUUUUCCUAACAAUGGUUUCCUGAGACAAUUGGGAGCGUUUGAACGAUAGGUGUUCAAUGAUAUGAUAAAUGAAUCGAAUAAGAAGACUGCGAGUCCCAAGCAUGUGGAACGGGAGUACAAGUAGUAGAGACAGUUUGAUGAUGAAUUUGAGACGAAGAUGCUGAGAUUGAAGGAGUCGAACAAAUAGCCACACUAUCAGUAUGAGUACAAUUUAACGAAAUCGAAUGUUUACAGAAAACAGGAGAAUACUCUACUUUCCAAUUUCUACUAUAAACACUAUUGA